AAGAUGCGCUAUUCUCUCUUCUUCGGAGCUGCGCUCGCAGCCUCCGUCUCAACUGUCGCGGCUGAGGCCGGUUGCACCAAUGAUGGCGGCAACUGGUACUGCUCCGCCGUUGACCUGAUCACAUACUCGGGCUUCUCUACCUCAGGCACCUACGAUUUGGUCACCUCCAUGAGCGGCGGUAAAUGCGGGUCUGAGAAACAUGAGUACUCUGGUGUAUUCGGUCCUCUUGGCGAGGAGCUGUCUAUUCACCUCCGUGGACCCAUGCAACUUUUCAGUAUGGCUGUCUACAACAGAGGCAGUGAGAAACCCAAGCGCGAGCUCAAGCCAUCUAUCCACGAGCGCCGUCACGGUCACUCCCACCAGCGAUUCCACGAGAAGCGCGCCGUCGGAGACACUGUCGUCGCCACUAUCGACGGCCAGGUCGUCUCCUGGAUCAACCAAUACAAUGGUGGUGCCCCUGCUGCCCCCACUCCUGCUCCUGGUGCUCCUGGUAUCAAAGAUCCUCAGGUCAAGAGCAACGGCUAUAAGGGUGGUGACAAGCCCAAGGACCCCGAGCCCCAUGGUCCCGUCAACGUUGGUCCAGGCGACUGGCGACGUGUUGCCCUCGUAGACACCGAUAGGAAGGAAGCUGAGGGCGUCUCUUUCUUGAACAACGAUGGUGGUUGGGAUAAAGGUGUGGAGCAGGCCUUCGGAGCCGCCCUUAAAAAACUUGGCCUUGACGACGAUUUCUUCGGUAUGGGCGAGGGACCAAACUUCCCCAAGGACUCGACCAUUCCCGAUGGCAAAGAGCUCAUCAUCAUGUCGGACAAGUCGUGCGAGGAUGGUAGCUGUGGCUUCACCCGUCCUGGUGCCGAUGCCUUCCACGGCUUCGGUGGUGAGGAUAAGAUUUUCCUCUUUAGGGUUGCCAUGCCCGUAACUGGCUCACAGGCUUCAUCUAUCUACGACCCCAAGGACAUGCCCGCCAUCUGGCUGCUCAACGCCAGGAUCCCCCGUACCUCUCAGUACCCCAUGGACCCAGCUUGCUCUUGCUGGAAGUCUGGAUGCGGCGAGUUCGACGUCCUCGAGGUCCUCGCCCCCGGUGACAAGCGCUGCAAGUCUACCUACCACACUGAACAGUCGAAAUCCGGUGGCUCCAGCUACUACUUUGAUCGUCCAGAGGAACCAAUCACCGUCGCCGUUGUCUUCAACAGCGGCGAUGGCACCCUCUACGUCAAGACUCUCAAAGAUGGCUUCGACAAGUUCCCCGAGACCCUCAACCCCGAGGACGUUAAGAAACUCUGUGCCGACGACGGGAAAACCAACAACUUCGCUCUCGCCUCUUAG